UUCCUGCAGUCGUGGGCUGGGUGUUGUGCUUCAAGUUGGGAGACACACAGCUCUGCAGGGCUGUGACAUUAUCUGGACAUGGCAACCAGCUCUUCCUCCCAAAGGAUUGGAGUUGUAGGAUACGGACAUCUAGGGCAGUACCUGGUGGAGAGGAUCCUUAAAGAUGGAGCUGCUCUUGGUUUAACUCUGGCUUUCGUUUGGAACAGAAAUUCUAACAAGCUCAAAGGUGUAGUCCCUGAUGAACUCAUACUUGGUGACCUAUCAUCCUUUUCAGAAAGGCGGUGUGAUGUCAUUGUAGAAGUGUGCCAUCCAAAGAUUGUAAAAGAAUUUGGGUGUCACUUCCUGUCUCAGUGUCAUUUCAUGGUGGGCUCACCCUCGGCCCUCUCUGAUUCUGAGCUGAACCAGAAGCUGCGUCAGGUGGCUCGGCAGUAUGGAAGGACACUCUACGUCCCCAGUGGUGCAUUAUGGGGAGGCCAGGACAUUCAAAGGCUGAAUGACAGUGGGAACUUGAAGGCUUUGUUUAUAAGAAUGUCCAAGCACCCGUCCUGCUUCCGGCUGACAGGAGACGUCCUCACUGACUGGACAGAGGAAGAGGGCAGGCGUGUUUUAUUCAGAGGCUCAGUGGCAGAGCUGUGCCCACUUGCUCCGAACAAUGUGAACACCAUGGCAGCGGCAGCAGUGGCAGCAGGAACACUUGGCUUUACUGGUGUUCAGGGAGAGAUUGUUUCCGACACAGCGUUAAGUGACUAUCACGUGGUGGAGGUUGAGGUGACUGGGCCUGGUGGCUUCUCAGUCAACACAGUGAGGCGUAAUCCAGCCAAACUUGGAGCUGUAACUGGCAGUGCAACAUAUAACUCCUUCUGGAAUAGUUUACUAGCCGGAGAACCUGGAGAAAACCCACACUGACAGAGGGAGAACGUGCAAGCUCUGCACAGAAGGGUUCCCCCACCCCAGUUUGCAAAGGUCAUGGAGGACGAGUUUACUUGUGCUGAUGCGGAUGAGAACUCUGCUGCAUUAACAACAACACAGCAAGGCGAUCCAUAUAGAUCAGAUGGUUUAUGGUGGAUAAGUUGUGUGGAUGGUGUCACUGGAUCGGUGUGUUACCGUAAACUUUUUGUGAACUUAUGAUAUUUGUGUUCCAAUAAACCGCAUGCAUACAGAAGAAAGAAGAGUCAGUUAUUUGUAAAACACAA